AUGAGGCGGGCUGGCGGCGUCCCGGGAGCAAUGGAGCGGGACCGGGCAGAGCUGGUGUCUGCCUUCUGCCACAAAUCUUCAUCUUUGGAGCGGGUGGAAGAGGAAGGUGAUGACGAUGAGGAGGAUGAUGAACUGGACAUCUUUGGGGGUUACGACAGCCUCACAUGCUACAACAGCAGCAUGGGCAGUGACAGCAGCUCCUGUCUGGAGGAGUCCAGUGAUGAUGAGGUGGCAGAGCGGGAAGCUGGAGAGCUCUCAGCCUCUCCCAUGCACCAGCCAUCCACAGGCCGGCUCACAGAAGACAGUGGCUCCGAGCCAGCUGUGUGCGAAAUGUGUGGGAUUGUGGGCACCAGGGAGGCUUUCUUCUCCAAGACCAAACGUUUCUGCAGCGUCUCUUGUUCCAGAAGCUACUCCUCAAAUUCCAAAAAGGCCAGCAUCCUGGCCAGACUGCAGGGGAAACCACCAACAAAGAAAGCUAAAGUUCUGCACAAGGCAUCCUGGUCAGCCAAAAUCGGGGCCUUCCUCCAUUCGCAGGGCACAGGACAGCUGGCAGAUGGGACACUGACAGGUCAGGAUGCACUCGUCCUGGGCUUUGACUGGGGAAAGUACCUGCAGGAGCACGGCUACAAGGCAGCUCCUGUCAGCUGCUUCAAACAUGUGCCGCUCUUUGAUCAGUGGGAUGAUGUGGUGAAAGGUAUGAAAGUGGAAGUGCUGAACAGUGAUGCUGUGCUCCCCAGUCGUGUGUACUGGAUUGCAUCUGUCAUCCAGAUUGUAGGAUACAGGGCCCUUCUGCGAUAUGAGGGCUUUGAGAAUGAUGCUGGUCAUGACUUCUGGUGCAAUUUGGGCACAGUGGAUAUUCACCCCAUUGGCUGGUGUGCCAUCAACAGCAAAAUCCUGGUACCACCACAAACUAUCCAUGCCAAGUACACUGACUGGAGAAGUUACCUCAUGAAAAAACUGGUGGGAGCUAGGACCAUCCCAGUGGAUUUCCACAUAAAGAUGGCAGAGAGCAUGAAGUACCCGUUCCGGCAGGGCAUGCGGGUCGAGGUGGUGGAUAAGAACCACGUGUCCCAGACACGUAUGGCAGUGGUGGACACAGUCAUUGGGGGCAGACUGAGACUCCUCUAUGAGGAUGGUGACAGUGAUGAUGACUUCUGGUGCCAUAUGUGGAGUCCCCUUAUCCAUCCUGUGGGCUGGUCACGGAGAGUCGGCCAUGACAUAAAGAAGACAGAUGAAAAACGUAAUGACAUGGCAAACCAUCCCACCUUCAGGAAGAUUUACUGUGAUGCUGUGCCCUAUCUGUUUAAGAAGGUACGAGCUGUCUACUCUGAAGGUGGAUGGUUUGAGCGAGGCAUGAAACUGGAAGCCAUUGACCCCUUGAAUCUGGGCAACAUCUGUGUGGCCACUGUUUGCAAGGUUCUCUUGGAUGGGUAUCUCAUGAUCAGCAUUGAUGGAGCAACAUCUGAUGAUGGCUCUGACUGGUUCUGCUAUCACGCCUCCUCACACGCCAUCUUCCCUGCCAACUUCUGUAAGAGGAACAACAUUGAACUGACCCCUCCAAAAGGGUAUGAAGCAAAGACAUUCAACUGGGAGCGUUACCUGGAAGAGACCAAAUCAAGACCUGCUCCAUCACGGCUCUUCAACACAGACUGUCCCAACCAUGGCUUCAAGGCAGGCAUGAAGGUGGAGGCAGUGGACCUGAUGGAACCCCGGCUCAUCUGCGUGGCCACAGUGAAGCGUGUAGUCCAACGUCUCCUUAGCAUCCAUUUUGAUGGCUGGGACAACGAGUAUGACCAGUGGGUGGACUGCGAGUCUCCAGACAUUUAUCCUGUGGGGUGGUGUGAGCUGACAGGCUACCAGCUUCAACCACCAGUGGUUCCAGAGCCCACAGCUCCAGCGAAGGCCAAGGAGGUGCCCAAGAAGAGGAAGAAACCCUAUGGAAAGAAGAGAAAAAAGUUACCUGCCAAAGCCCGCAGUGUCAAGCAGCCUGUCAAGAAGCCUUCUGCCAUGAACUCAAAACGAGAAGCAAAAGCUGCCAGCCAGGCUUUGCCAGAGCCAGCACCUGAUGAGAUCAUUGCUGUGCGGGUGAAAGAAGAAACCAUUGACCCUUCAGACGCAGAAUUUGGACAGACAGAGCUUCCUGUUCCCAUCAGCAGCAUAAAGCAGGAGGACACAGACUGAUCUGGAACAUUCCACAGCUGCCACAGCAGCUUCACCUUGUGGCUCUUUAGGGAAGGUCCUGGCAAAGGGAAACAGGACCAAAAGGGCCUUCCUUUUUUAAAGCAGACCAUCCUGUGGCAUUGUAACUCUGCUUUCCUGGUGUGCAAGAAAAUUUCCUCCAGACUUGUAAUAUUAAGCCCUAGGAAACGGCAGGAAGACUGCAGGUGUGCUGCAGAGCAUGACCAGGGUGGCUGCUGUAGUUGUGCAUGCCUGAUUUUAAAGGCACCUUUUGGAUGAGGAGUUCAAAACAAGGAAAGAGGCUACCAGAGCCAAAAAGGCCAGUUUGAGUUCUUAGCUUUGGCUGGAGGUGACAAGUGACAAGUGCAGGACGUAUCAGGAAAGGAGCUGCCCCUGUAGAACUUUGGUGCUGUGCUCUCUGGUCUAAGUGCUGCGAACCCCAAGAAAAUCAGAACAAGAAGAGUGGAAAGAGGCGAAGAAACAAAAGGAGAUGAUGAUGCCUGCUGAAGAAGUGAGACCUUUUUUCAUAGAAUGGUUUGGGUUGGAAGAGGACCUUAAAGAUCUCAAGAUCCUCAUCUAGUUUCAGUACCCCUGCUGUGAGCAGGGACCCCUACCACUAGACCAGGUUGCCCAGACCCCCAUCCAACCUGGCCUUGAACACUUCCAGCUAUGAAGAAUCCACAACCUUCCUGGGCAACCUGUUCCAGUGCCUCACCACCCUCACAGUAAAGAAUUUUUUCCUAAUACCUAAACUA